AUGAAUUUGGAUUCCAUUCACCGAUUCAUUGCAGAAGCUCAAAGUUUCCAGAUGCAACAGUCAUCACUGAAAUCAGCUUGUGACACUCUGGUGCCUGCUUCUCCCCCCGGGGAGACCUGCCACUCCUCUUUGCCACUUCAUGGGUUUGGGUCUCAGACCACGCAGAAUGCCUGUGCCCACUCACACAGCACCAGUGAAUGGGACCUCAGCAAAGAGCUUCGCCUGAGGGAGCUUGAAGAAGUCAAGGCCAGAGCUGCUCAGAUGGAAAAAACCAUGCGAUGGUGGUCAGACUGCACUGCCAACUGGAGAGAGAAAUGGAGCAAGGUUCGAGCAGAAAGGAACAGUGCCAGAGAGGAAGGGAGACAGCUCAGGCUCAAGUUAGAGAUGACAACGAAAGAACUGAGCGCACUGAAGAAGAAGCAGAGAUGCCUGCAGGACAGAGAGGCAUCAGAAGUUCAAGUCAGCCAGGAUCUGAAGCGGUCUGCUUUUUCAGAAGACCAAUGUCUAGCUGAUCCUCAAACAAGAGAGUGUUUGGUAAAAACGCAAACUUUUGCAAAAGAAAAUGCAAAUAGAAAGGAAGAAGAUGAGAUUAUUGAUCCAUUAAGAUUAAACAAAAAUCGCAAACUCCACCUUGAUAGCUCUGACUCAUUCAGUCAGGAGAGUCCCGGAGGCUCUGCUAUGAAGGUGGAGUUAAGCCUGCACUCAAUGGACUCAUGUUUGGAGGACAAAGGACCUCAAGUGUCAGCUGUGCGAGUCCCUUCAGAUGAUGUGAGCACAAUCUUGCGGAAGGAAAGAGAGAUACGCUUCUCUUUGGAAAGAGAAAUAGAGCAGCUAGAGUCAGCAUUGUCUCUGUGGAAGUGGAAAUAUGAAGAACUGAGAGCCGCGAAGACCAAUGAUGCAAGUGAGAUUAACAGUUUUCAUCGUCACCAUGAAAAUGAAAUGGAGGGAAUAUCAAGAGACAUAAAAGAAAGAUCAAAAUCUCAAAGCAACAUGAAUAGAGAAAUUUAUGAGCUGAGAUCAGAGCUAGAGAGAUUGAAAGCUGAAAAUACCUUGGAGUGGGACAAGAGGGAAAUACUUGAAACAGAAAAACAAGUGCUGGAGCGAGAAAACAGACGGCUGAAGGCCCAGGUGCAAGCCCUGGAAGAGCUGUUGGACAGGAGAAAUAAAUUAAGUGCCCUCUCUCAAGGUCCUGAUUUCAAGACAUCACAGAUGGAGCUGGAGGGAAAACACAAGAACCCUGCCUCUGGACUGCUUUUACUGAGGAAGCGCAUGUCUUUGCGAGCUGCCCCUGCUGCUCUCCUCUCAGAAGCUAUUUCCCUCAGCGAGGCUCAGACAACAUGA